AAAUACCCGCCAAGGACCCAAAAAAGGCCGGCAGCGGUGGACGCGGCGCGCGGGGACACAGAGCUGCGGUGCGGCCAACACACCCGGGCCGAGCCAGACGAGAAGUAGCCAUCUUGAAGAGGACAUGCGAUCGGAAGUUAUUGAUUAUUGACGCGUGUUGGCAGCUCCCGUCUCUAAAAGUUUUAGAAAAACUGGACAAACGGUUCUCUACCCUGAGAGGUGAACCACUGAAUUCUUCAUUAUGUCUGAUGGAGAUUAUGAUUACCUCAUCAAGUUUUUAGCUUUGGGAGACUCGGGAGUAGGGAAGACCAGUGUACUUUAUCAGUACACAGAUGGUAAAUUUAAUUCCAAAUUUAUCACGACGGUGGGGAUUGAUUUCAGGGAAAAGAGAGUGGUGUACAGAGCCAAUGGGCCUGAUGGAGCCAUUGGCAGAGGCCAGAGAAUCCACCUGCAGUUAUGGGACACGGCAGGUCAGGAGAGGUUUCGUAGCUUGACAACAGCGUUCUUCAGAGAUGCUAUGGGUUUUCUUCUACUUUUUGAUCUGACAAAUGAACAAAGUUUCCUCAAUGUCAGAAACUGGAUAAGUCAGCUACAAACGCAUGCAUAUUGUGAAAACCCGGAUAUAGUGUUAUGUGGAAAUAAGAGUGACCUUGAAGACCAGAGAGUAGUAAAAGAGGAAGAAGCCAGGGGACUUGCAGAGAAAUAUGGAAUCCCCUACUUUGAAACCAGCGCUGCCAAUGGGACAAACAUAAGCCAAGCAAUUGAAAUGCUUCUGGACCUGAUCAUGAAGCGAAUGGAACGGUGUGUGGACAAGUCCUGGAUUCCUGAGGGAGUGGUGCGGUCCAAUGGUCACACCUCUACCAGUCAGCUAAGUGAAAACAAGGAGAAGGGGGUAUGUGGCUGUUGAAAAGUCACGGAAGCGACAUAGUGAACAAGUGGCCCAUGGCUGUGAUCUUCUCUGUGAGUGAUACCUGGUACAGUGAGGGAUGAAUGGGCACUGUAGACAACCUGCUUCUCACCAUUUCCAGUAGGCCUAUCAAUAAAGCAUCCAGUUUUAAAAUUAA